UUUGGAGUGGGCAAACGGCUGAGCUGUGUGACGCGGGGGAACUCUAAUGAUGGCGUCCCGUUGCUUUACAACGGUAACGGGAGUUGUAGUGUUUGGUCGCCGAGACGGUGGCGAUUCAACGGGACUGCUUGGAAGAAAACUUUCCUGAGAUUUUCAUCUGAAAGAAAAGGAACUCCAACGGAGCCAGGAUCAGGGCAGGUAGGGGACCUGGACGUGCAUCCACACCCAUGAAGGAUGCACUGAACUGAGAAACAUCUGCUGAAGUGUCCCCCCUCAACGCAGAUAUGGCCUCAGCGACGUCUAGCCCAGGACCUGCGUCUCUGGGCUCGCAGGUUCAUGCUGCAGCUGUCAAUGGAGAUAGGAGCGCCCUCCACAAACUCAUCACAGCAGAUCCCUCGCUGCGGGACCGUGAGGACCAGUUUGGCCGGACCCCUUUGAUGUACUGUGUGCUGGCUGACCGCCUGGACUGUGCAGAGAUUUUGUUGAAGGCAGGAGCCUCGGUCAACAAGACUGACCACAGCCAGCGCACUGCUCUGCACCUCGCCGCGCAGAAGGGGAAUCUACGUUUCCUGAAGCUGCUGCUGUCCCGGCGUGCUAACUGGCUGCAAAAAGAUUUAGAGGAGAUGACCCCGCUCCACCUGGCCACCCGACACCCCUCCCCAAAAGCCCUCGCCCUGCUCCUCAAACACAUUGGACCUGGAGAAGUUGACACACAAGACAAGAACAAGCAAACCGCUCUCCAUUGGUCAGCGUUUUAUAACCGGCCAGAACACGUUCGCCUUCUGAUCAAGCACGAUUCCAACAUUGGCAUCCCAGACAGUGAGGGCAAGAUCCCUCUGCACUGGGCAGCACACAGUCAGGAGCCCAGUGCUACACAAACUGUCCGCUGUAUACUGCCCCUGCACUUUGCGGUUGCCGACGGUAACGAGGCAGUGGUGGAGGUGCUGACGUCUUACGAGGGCUGUAAUGUGACAGCUUAUGAUAACCUCUUCAGAACGCCGCUGCACUGGGCAGCUCUGCUCGGCCACGCCCAAAUCGUCCACCUGUUGUUGGAAAGAAACACAUCGGGCACUAUUCCCUCAGACAGCCAAGGAGCAACUCCGCUGCACUAUGGCGCUCAGAGCAACAAUGCUGAGACAGUGGGUGUGUUCCUCUCCCACCCAUCUGUGAAGGAUGAACCCGAUCUGGAGGGGAGGACGGCCUUCAUGUGGGCCGCUGGGAAGGGCAGCAAUGAUGUCAUCAGCACCAUGCUGGCCCUCACCCCUCACAUUGACAUCAACAUGGCCGACAAGUACGGAGGCACCGCACUCCAUGCGGCCUCCCUGUCGGGCCAUGUGAGCACAGUGAAGCUGCUGUUGGAGAGGGGAGCGAUGGUCGACUCUCUGGAUGUGAUGAAACACGCGCCGCUGUUUCGCGCUUGCGAAAUGGGACACAGAGAUGUCAUUCUCACACUCAUCAAAGGUUCUGCACGUGUGGACCUGGUAGACGUGGACGGUCACACUGCUCUGCACUGGGCAGCUCUGGGAGGGAAUGCUGAGGUCUGCCAGAUACUGAUGGAGAAUGGGAUUAGUCCCAAUGUACAGGACCAGGCAGGACGGACUCCUCUGCAGUGUGCUGCUUACGGCGGCUACAUCACCUGCAUGGCUGUUCUCAUGGAGAACAAUGCCGAUCCAAACAUACAGGACAAGGAGGGGCGGACUGCUCUCCACUGGUCAUGCAACAAUGGCUACCUGGACGCUGUGAAACUGCUACUGGGCUACAAUGCCUUCCCUAAUCACAUGGAGCACACCGAGGAGAGGUACACCCCGCUGGACUACGCUCUGCUGGGGGGGCACAGCGAGGUGACUCAGUUCAUGCUGGAGCACGGUGCUCUGUCCAUAGCAGCCAUCCAGGACAUCGCUGCUGCCUCCAUACAGGCUGUCUACAAGGGCUACACCGUCCGCAAGGCCUUCAGGGAGAGAAAGCAGCUCCUCAUGAGGCAUGAGCAGCUGCGCAAGGAUGCAGCCAAGAAACGAGAGGAAGAACAGCGGAGGAGAGGAGCUGUGCAGCAAGUCUCUGUGGCCACUGCAGAGAAACGGAGGGUCCCUUUGGGGAGAACAGAGCAGGAAAAAACCUCUUUAGUCAACAUUAUAGAGGACUUAUCCAUGAAUGAUUCAAUGGUGGAGACAAAGAAAUCCAAAGCUGAACGCACUAAGAGCAAGGAGGAGAGGCUGAAAGCCCACAAGAGCAGAUCCUCCAGAAGAAGUAAAGCAACCGAACCACAUGAGGUUGCUGAUGGUUUGAGCCGCCACUCUCAUGUGACCAGUGACACUGUGCCUGGUGCCUCCCAGACCACCAGGCUGAAGGAACUUCUCUCUCCUGCCAGCUGCAGUCAGCCACCCAGCUUCAAACCCAGACCCCCCUCCAUGCCCAAAGUCAGGGAACGACCUUCAUCAAACACAUGCACUUCUUCCGUAAGCGUCUCUGCGACGGACCAAUGGGACACUAUUACAAGAGAACGCAUCCCUGUAAAAAAGGGGGACGCUCACAUGACUGUGCAGACUGCCCCCAGCAAGACUGAUGCCCACACCUCUCCACAAAAGCACAGAAACCACAAGGAGCAGACUUCAGAAAAGGCCACCACCAAAGACCAAACUCACACUCCCUCAUUAAGAAGCAGUUCAUCUUUAGACCACAAAAGCCCUUCGAGAAAGACUCAAUCUGCCGCACAUGCACCUAUCUCAACACGCACACACAAGGAACACUACAAAGAGCAGUGCCGGACGAUGAACGAGGCUGCACGCAUCAUCCAGCGAGCUUGGCGGAGGUUCCACGCACGCGGAUGGAGAGAGGUGAAGGCCCGCAAAGAGGUGGAGUCAAGUGAUUCAAACCAUGGCCAUAACAGGAAGAAGAUGGAAGUCCGAGCUCAACCCAUUAAACCGUCGACGAGUAAGAGCUCAGUGCUGCAAAGUAUCUAUGGUAACUCUAUGGCCAGACGGGGGCGUUCACUUCGGGGCUCUCAGUCUCAGCUGCUCCUGGACAUGCCAUUACGCACCCAGAGCCAGUUGAGCGGUAUAGAUUGUGUGCACCUGACUGACGCCGUGAAUCAAGCCAAGCAGUACUCUUACCACCUGAGACCACAUAGUGCUGGACAGGGGACCAGAGGCCGGGGAAAACAUUGAAGAGAGAAACACACACACACACACACACACCUCAUGUUCUUUGAUGUUUUCUCAGCUGGCUGGCAGCAUUACCUCUAUAGAAUUACUACACACAUUGUUCGCUCAAUGUGCCAAGCUUUCUAAAAUUAAGCCAUAUGACAUCAGAGCCAUGACCUCACGGGGUGGGGUUAAGUCUACAGAAAUGGUGUGUGUAAAAGAUAACCUUUCAUCCAUUGUGGAAGGAACACAUACACACGCCAUCUCCCUCGCUCUCCAUCGCUCUCGCACACACACUGAGAUAACCUUUCCUCCUGUUGUGGAGAAUGAGGCAGUCUAUCAACAGCCGGUCAUACAGAUAGCCCACCUGCAGCCACGGACACACACAAACACACACACACAGUUACACAACAGUCUGGUCUCUAAGUGCUUUCCCUCUCAAGAGAAAUAUGUAUUUCUUAACUAUGCAGUUUUUAUUCCCAUAAAUAUGCAUUUGCGCAAAAAUAAUCCAUAUUGUAUAAUUUUAGAUACCUCAAUGUCUGUUUCUAUUAUAAUAUGUAAAGUAAAAUGAAAUAAAAAUUGACACUAAAUUGCAGCGCACCUGGAUUUUACUUUAUUUUUUUCAUUUUUAGUUUUUUUUAAAUCAAAAGUCAUCAAGUGCCCACAGUGAGCACUGGACAAUGUUCAGCAACAAUAAUACUCUGACAAUUACCAGGCUAAGAAUGAAGCAAUAAAGAGGCAGCUUAAGACAGAAAAAAACUGGAGCUCUCAAGACAAGAAUGUGGAGAAGUCAUUGUCACUUACAU